UACGACAUCUCUAGAUAUGGUGUCUUUGAUUCUAGUCAACUUUUCGGCGAAGUGACCGGGGCGCUGGUACAAAUGGAGAAAAUUUACAAACCGAAGUGUGCCAAAGUAAUAUCCGUUAGACAGGCUUUACAUGAAUUUCGAGAAGAAUUGUUCCCAGGUGGAUGGGGCCAAGUUCCAAAAUCCGAAAAUGAAAUUGCAAAUGCCAUGGAUUUUAUUGGUACGGAACAUCAGUUUAAUGAACUUUUACAGGCUGUAGAUUUAGAACGUCAUCUAACUAGUACAAAAGAUAUUCGCAUUUCGUCGUUUCAUCCAGCGCGUGUUCAAAACGUUCAAAAACCAAUUGAGAUACCAGAAAAGGCGUCCCGUUUCAGUUGUGUCCAAAAUGCCGUAAAAAUUACCGGUAAACUUCGCAAAAAUCUAGAUUCUAAAAUUCGCUACAAUAAGCACAAAUAUUCGUGUAUCACCAAAACUGAUGAACCGGAUCUCGAACCGUACAAGGAGAUGUUACUUAAGAUACGAUUCUACGAGCCUUUCAAAUACAAACCUGGCAUGCGUUUGGGCCAUCCCAAAUUUCAUCAGGAGUUUUACGUUCUGGGAUCGCAAUUACUAACCGAAUUGCGAGAUAAAAUAUACUGUCAGUGUGAUUUAGGUCCGUUUUUUGAUAUUAGUAUGAGCCCUCAUACCGAUUCGUUCAAUACGAAUGACGAAUCACGAUCAAAUGCCGGAUUUUUCUUUAUUCAUGAUACGUUUUAUAAUGAUUUAAGAAACCAUGAGUUGGAUUAUUCUGAAGUAAUACGAAACUGGGCAGAACGACAAAAAAAUAUUGGGAUGCUGAAAUCUCAAAAUAUGGAGAAAACAAAGUUUGAAGAUAUAAUUUUUCGAUUAGGCUAUCCACAGGUUUAUCAACAUCACGGAAAUUGUGAACACAUUUUCGUUAUUUCAGACUGCAGGCUAGUCGCGACUUCAGAUGUAUUAGCUCGCAAACGAUAUCCAAUUUUAAACUCGUAUGCGUUCCCUAGGUCAAUACCGUGCAACAUUUGUGGUCACUGCGAAGCAAAUUAUAUUGUUAAAAAUAGUGAUCAGCACAUAUUUGAUCCGGCCUACAUAUGUCAAGUUUGUUUUCAGUCGUAUCAUUACAAAGACGGAAAGAAAAUAGGAGAAUUUGAAGCAUUUCGCUUUCUAGGUACAAAAAUCGCUGUUAAAGAAGAAGAAAUCGAACAAUUGUAUUUGAAUUUUAUAUCUUUAUUCGAAAUGGCCUCUAGACGAACAAUUCAGGUAGGUUUCUGUUUUUCCAGCUGUGCGCGUAAUUGAAGGCUAAAGUCAUCUUCUACGUUGUCGUCAUCCCAAUUAUCUUCCCAUACACUAAGCUCCUCUUCGUCUUCUUUGUUCCCGGCCCAA